AUGACCCAAACACCCGGGAUUCUUUCAGCAAUACUAGAUUUCUUCCCGUUAAAGAGAAGAGACUUGGAUAUAGCUAUCAAAGCACAGCAAAGCAUCAACCCGACAGCAUGGCUGGCCAGCCGAUUACCAGGCUUGCAACUGAAGACGGUACGAACACACGCGGCCCGGUUCUUUGACAGGGAGAGUGACUGGAUAGUUGAACUAACUAGACAAGCAGACAUCCCAAUCAUUCUGCAGUUCAUCAACGAGCUCGCAGAGUACGAAAAGGCACAGCAUGAAGUCCAGGCCACCCUCUCUUCGCUAAGGGAGACACUCUCGUUCCCGGACUCACCCAAACGAGGCUCCGUCUAUACGUUUCUCAUUACUCCGCCUGCCACCGAAGCCGACGGCAGCCCGAAACCCGUGGGGAUGGCUCUCUUCUUCUAUAACUACUCAACUUGGCGAUCAGCGCCUGGUGUCUACCUGGAGGACCUUUACGUUCAGCCAGCCUAUCGAGGCAAAGGUUACGGCUUCAAACUGCUACAGACACUCGCCCAAGAAGUCAUUCGUAUCGGUGGGAAGAGACUUGAAUGGUCCGUUUUGAAGUGGAAUGAGCCCAGUAUCAAAUUCUACAAGUCCAUUGGCGCGGCACCGAAGGAUGAGUGGCUGGGGAUGUGCGUCUCCGGUGAUGCAUUGAACAACCUGGCUGGUCAGGGCCCAUAA